AUGCGGUACGAUACAAUCAAAAUGUUGGGACUUACCAUGUCAUUCUUUUGUGUGAUCAGCUUUCUGACGUAUUUUACGUCGAAAGGUGACUCCAGACUUAUGAUUCUAGGCUGGAUGUGCCUCCUAGCUUCUAUAUCAGUUUACGGGGCAACUAUAGGCACCGUGGUUCGCGUACGUACAUCUGAGAUGGUGGCUCAUCUAGCAGCGGUCUUUGGCUACUUGGGAGUUGUUAUAUCCGUAUUCGUCUACUUAGCUCCCGUGCUCAUGUUUAUCAAGAUAUACGGUGAGAAGUCGACGGUGGGGUACUCGGUGAUGCCUUACACCGUUGCGCUUAUGUCCUCGGGCAUCUGGCUCUACUACGGGGCCAUAGAGAAAGAUGGUCAUUUACUGAUUGGCGUUAACGCAUUCGGUUGCGUUGUCGAGACAGUGUACAUUAUCAUGUACAUUGUCUAUUCACCUCCUCACCACAAGAUUCGGAUUAUCCGUCUUUUGAGCAUCUUGUUGUGCAUAUUAUGCACAAUUAUCCUUUUCACAUUCUUUAUGUGGAAAGGAAAUACGAGGGAGGAGAUUGUGAGUUGGAUUUGCUUUGGAGCAUCCAUAUCGGUGUACGGGGCCACAGUUGGCAGCGUGGUUCGAGCUAUCAGGACACGCAGUGUGGCUUUCAUGCUGAUCACACUCACGUGUGUCCUCACUGUGAACGCCAUCAUAUGGGGCGUUUACGGCUUCCUUAGGGGAGAUGCCGCGAUUUGGCCUUGUACUCGGGGUCGUACAGGUCAUUGUGUACUUGGUAUUACAUUAGGUGCCACUGUCGCGGAGCCACAACUGGAGAUGGCGGCCGUUGACGGAGAUCCACUGGAGGUUGCGGCUGCCGGAGAGUCAGAGCUUGGUUUGGAGGUUGUGUAG